AUGGCGUCUUUGCGCAUCAGGGGCGCCUUUCGGGCCUACGACAUGCGGUGGAAGCUGGCGGCGUUGGUAAUCUUGCUCCUGGCGCCGGCGGGGGCCGGCCAGAACGACCGGCUGGACAGGCGUAUUCAGGACAACGAAGACAUAGUCCGGACGCUGCAGCAGAUAGCCACGAAGCUGUACCAGAGCCGGAGCGACAUUAUCGGCAACUGCUCGUGCACCGUGCACGCGUGCGCCAACAAGUUCCCGCCCGGCAGGGAGUGCUCGAACAAGCUUGGCCACUCAGAGGAGAUUUGCGGGCACUGCGAAACGCAGGGGAAGCUGCUUGACUUCUUGAGAUCGAUGGUCAGGACGCCCCCUGGUGAAGACCCGGAGGUGCUGAGCAUAGAGGUGAUAGAGUCCGUGUGUACUUUUCAGCCUUUGGACGAGGCCUUUGUGAAGAACGGACUGGCAGGAGACAAUGUGUGGACGUACAUUGCCACCACAACGGGAGUGGACAG